UACCGUCUUGAAUUUUGAAUUGUCUUGUUCGUUCUUAUCGAAAUAUCCGUUGUCUAAAAAAUAUAUUUACAAAAACAUAAUAUUAUUGUAUUUUUGAACUUUUGGACUUGUUUGUUUCUUGUAGUUUAUACAAAAACAAAAAAACAAUUAACAUCGGAUUCUUAAUUUAUUUUUAAUCGCAUUUUAAUUUUAAAUCGAAAGGUGGCCUGUGAAGAAUGUCAACCGUUCAAGAACGAAGAAAAUCCUUUGCUAGAAGAGCAGAAAGCCUUGUGGAAAGGGUGAGAACAAUGAACACAAUAUACGAGAAAUAUAUAGUAAAUACAGAUAAAAGUGGGGAGUUAACUGUUACAGUUCAGGGUGAUUUAACACAACAAGAAAAGAGAGCAGUAUUUAUUACAGUUCAUGAUCUAGGAUGCAAUCAUAAUUCCUUUCAGGAAUUCGUUAACAGUCCAUGUAUGACAGAAAUCAAGGAAAGAUCAUGUUUUAUUCAUAUUGACGUACCAGGACAUGCUGACGGAGCUGAAACAUUACCAGAAUCAUUUCAGUUUCCAUCAUUGCAAACUUUGGGCGAGGAUCUAGUAACAGUAUUGGAUUUCUUGCACGUAAAAUAUGUAAUUGGUUUGGGUGAAGGUGCUGGAGCAAAUAUUUUGGCUCGAUUUGGAUUAGCCCAUCCAUCGCGAUUAUUGGGUCUGAUUUUAAUAAACUGCACUGGAAGUGCCGCUUCGGUUUUGCAGUCUUUCAAAACAAGAUUUAUUACGUGGAAUAAUGAUGAAGUUGCCCAAUCUGCUGAGAGCUUUUUGAUGUACCAUAAAUUUGGACACCAAUUUGUUGGAGAUAAUCCAGACAAGGAUAAAAUUGUUGCUGAGUAUCAAAAGAGAUUAAGGAGUUCACUUAACAGCAAAAAUAUUGGACAAUAUGUUAAAGCAUUUAUGAAUCGAAAGGAUUUGUCUUUAAGAGACUGCAGAGUUGAUCUUAUACUUAUUACCGGUAUGCUCAGCCCAUAUGCACAAAUGGUAGAGAAACUACAUCGUGACGUUGAAAAAGAAAAAGCAACAAUGCUGAAAAUUGAACGAGCUGGAGAUGUUCUUGCUGAUGCGCCUGCAAAAGUGGCUCAGUCAAUACUGCUUUUUUGCAAAGGAGUUGGUUUACUUACAUCUGUCAUUAUGCCUGGUGUGGAUCGAUCAAGGGCAUUUUCAACUAGCUCUGGAGGAUCCACUGAAGGCACAAAUGGCAAUCGUAAGCUUUCUCGUGGUAUUUCAAUGGAAGAAUAUGACAAACCAAACAUUCGUCGCUUAAGUGUAACUGUCAAUAAUGAUCUUCCUCCGAUUAGAAAGUAAGAUAAAUCUUAAUGAAUGUACAUAAUUUGAACAUCAAUUGUUGCCAAAAAAAAAAAUCAUGAAAAAAAUUGUACCAAAAAAUUAACAACUACAUACAUUAAAAUAUCAAUACCUCCGAUUUAUGAAUGUACCUCAUUUCAUAUUGUAAAAUCUACAAAAUGCUGAAGAUUAUUAAAAAAAAUAAUAUUAUAUUUUUCGAGUUCAAAAUUUUAAAACAGGUAUACAAAAAUUUUACAAAUGUUUAUUAAUUUAUUAUAUACAGAAAAAAGUUACGAGUCGGAGUUACAGAGAUAUGCAAAACUGAAAUGCACAAAUUGCAUGUCCUUAUAUAUAUCAUUGUAAUUUAUUAAGCAUAAAUAUUCACCCUACUGCGGCUUACAAUUGUCAAUUGAUAGUUGAUUAAAGUUAAAUUUUGAUAUCUUAUUACUAAAUUAACAAAAUUUUUGAAAAAAAGAGAAUGAUGCAAACCGUUCUUAAUUGAAAAUAAUUGAAAAGUUGGACAAUUUUCUCAUAAAUAAGGUUUUAAAAUACCAAAUUUUAGUAUUUAUCAAAAAUCACUUGAUAGUUGACAAUCGCAAUACGGGUGAUAGUUUCCUAUUGGAGAUUUACUUUAUUAUUGUUAUUUACUUAAAUCCUAGUUUUUCAUUUAGUUAUACACGGUAUAAUAUUUAUUAUUAUAACACUUGUUAAAAUUUUAUUUUGAAGAGUACCUUAGAUAUAGAUUAUACAAUGUUAUAAUGAAUUAGUUGUAAGAGUAUGAAAACUUAAUAAAGAAGUUCAUACAAAAACAAACAUUAUUAAAAUAGUUACAUACCUAAUACAGUUAUAUUUUGUUUCAAAAAA